AUGCCAUUAAAUAAAAGUCUAAGAACAACGUUACUAACAUUAACCUGGCUUCCGGUGCUUUACACUUUCACCAACCAUGGUUACCAGCCAUAUCAAAUUAAAGGACUGUCAAUGACGCCGGCUUUCAACCCGGGAACAUCGUCUACUACGAGAGAUAUAGUAUUAGUACAGAAAUUCGACAUUAAAUCGAGAAACGACUCUAUUGCAAAAGGUGAUAUUAUAAUGUUUAGAUCGCCCCUUGAUCCAGAAAAACUACUAACAAAAAGAGUUAUUGGCGUAAAUGGAGAUCAUGUCCAUCCAAGGUCUCCACGAUAUCCCAAGCUGGAAGUGAAAAUACCACGAAACCAUCUUUGGGUCGAAGGUGAUAACAGUUUCCAUUCUGUUGAUUCGAACGAGUUUGGACCUAUUAGUAAAGGGCUAGUUGUGGGGAAAGUAGUAAUGGUGCUAUGGCCUCCUAGUCGUUUGGGCCAGGAUUUGACGAGGUCAAUAUAA